AUGGCUCCGAUAAACUCUAUUAGGUCAGGAGUUACUAGCUUGAAAUACUCGAAAGUGGAGCCAAUGAAACUUGAAGCGCGAUGCAAUGAUUCACGCCGCUUUUCGCUUUCGUGGGGUUCGUUUAAAGCAAGGAAAAGCAUCGGUGGGAAUAACUUGGCAUUAUUUGAAGAGCCAAGUGUGCCUUUUGUUAGCUCCUACCUCAAAGGCUAUACGACACCUGGGCCUCUUGAGCGGGAGGAAAGUAAACACGCAAAGGCUGAACUGGGUGUUAUGUUGGGCGUCUAUUUGCCAACAAUUCAACACAUCCUUGGCGUAACAAUGUUCAUUCGCCUCUUUUGGCUAGUGGGAAUUGCUGGAAUUGCGCAGACCUUCUUCUUACUUCUCAUCUGUUGCUUAUGUGUAAGCUAUGUUUAA